UGUUGUUCAGCCACUUAGAUUAGCGGUAGCGGUCAACUCGGCCGUUGUGUCUAGAGUGUAUCGCGUUUCCAAGGGGAAGCUGGAGCGGCGGUGCCGCCGUUGUUGGUGCCGGUGACGGCAGGGGAAGCCCACUGCGGCUUAGCCCGGUCUGGGCACGGGACCAUGAGUUUGGCCUUGAGGAAUGAUCUUGCGGUAGACAAAACCAGAAGGAAAAAAAGAAGAGAACUGACUGAAGAACAGAAGCAAGAAAUUAAAGAUGCUUUUGAGUUGUUUGACACAGAUAAAGAUAAAGCAAUAGAUUAUCAUGAAUUAAAGGUGGCAAUGAGAGCCUUGGGUUUUGAUGUAAAAAAAGCUGAUGUACUAAAAAUACUUAAAGAUUAUGAUAGAGAUGCAACAGGCAAAAUCACCUUUGAAGAUUUUAAUGAAGUUGUGACAGACUGGAUAUUGGACAGAGAUCCACAAGAAGAGAUACUCAAAGCAUUCAAAUUAUUUGAUGAUGAUGACUCAGGUAAAAUAAGCUUGAGAAACCUGCGCCGUGUUGCUAGAGAACUGGGUGAAAACAUGUCUGAUGAAGAACUACGAGCUAUGAUUGAAGAAUUUGAUAAAGAUGGAGAUGGAGAAACGGAGGCUACCCAAAUCUACUGGUUCUGUCCUUGGAGAGCAGAAAUGGCAGUUGAAGUACGGCUCCAGAGCAUCAUUUUCUCCUCUCUAACAGCUUCUGUGCUGGAGCUUCAUGAGGUCAGGUUUCUGUGGUAUUUUGGGACCGUGAGUGGAACAGCAUAUGAAAUCCACGACUUCCAACUACACUAAAUCACAACUUAAUACUGCUUGAGCAGCAUUCAGUCUCCUGUAGCCUCUCAGUGGCUUCUACUGCACCAACACUUUUAUCAGCAAUAGCAAAGCUCCAGCAGAGAAGUAAAGGAGAAAAUUCUCCAUACCUUUGCCUCUGCAUCUGCUUCAGCCCCAGGAAAGGGGUCUGUAACUUCAGCCUCGUUGCUCGGGACUGAAGCCCUUGGGCUUGGGCUUUGGCUGUGGGCCCCAGCAAGUCUAAGCCAGCCCUGACGACCCCAUUGAAAUGGGGUCACGACCCACUUUGAGGUCUCAACCCACAUUUGAGAACCCCUGCCCUACACCCUAGUGGCCGAGCUGCAUGGAUACACUUUUUGAUAUCAGCCAGUGAGGUAGAAUUUGGUAAGACUGAAAAGAAGCCCAAGUCCUAGCUAUUUGAUGAUCUACUGCAGAGGUGGGGAACCUUUUUUUCUAUCAGGGGCCAUUGACUCACAGAAAAAAAUAAAUCGUGAACCACACGCAGCCACACAGAGUAUGAAGGAGGGAGUGCGGAGGCUCAUGACUUCCCCCUGCAGCGGGGCAAGCCAGUGCUCACGGCUUCAGCCCCAUGGGGUGGCGCGGAGGCUUGGGACUUCCCCUAAGGUUUCCACCCUUACCCUGUCCUCUGCCCUGCCCCUUCCCCGAGGGCCGGUCACUUCUCUGUGGCCCCACCCCCCACUCA